GCCCCUUCCGGCAAAGAGUUCACCAUUAAUGAGAACAGAAUUAAAUGGCACAGAGACUUCACUGAGGUACAGAAAUAACUGCACAGGCCAUGAAAUUCCAUAAUUAAGACUCCAGUGAUGAGAUAGAAUCAAGGAGUAUCCCAGACUUAAGAAGCUCUUGCUGCAGAGGUCAAAUGUAGGAACCACCCAUCCAAAGCAUUUCUCUUCUAUAGGGAUUCAGCCCCCAUCCCAUCCAUCACUGUCUUCAGACACUUCUCCAGCACCUUCACCACCUCCUCUCGUUCCAAUGGAAUGGAAAGGUAGAACUUCACAUCAUCAGCAUCCAGAUGAUACCAUGAGCCAGAUUCUAGGAUAUUAUUCCUAACAGUUUCAUUGAUAUAAUAAAUAGCACAGGAAACAGAAUGGACCAUAAUGGGACACUACAACCCCAAAGCCAUGGGGUGGUUUCCUAGUACUAGUUUCUCAAAUGACCCUACAAGAAGUAACAGAAAUAAUUCACCCAAACCUUGUCUUCAUAUUAAACUCUUCCUAUAUCUUUGAAUAGGUGCCACCUCUUUCUAUAUGUAAUGACAACUGCCAUCCUGGAUACGGGAAGAAAAAGAAGGAAGGAAGGAAGUUUUGCUGUUAUGAUUGUGAUCCAUGUCCAGAAGGAAUGAUCUCAAAUGAGAAAG